AUGUCGAGCACAGCCGAUGCCAUCGAGGCAGCCAUCUUGCACGGCGUCGAUUCUCACACGGUCUCAUCUUACCGAGAAGACCAACGAGCCGAUUCGAGUGGCUCUGCUCCCAAUACCGAUGACGAGCUGGGGUCCGAUUUACCUUCCGAUGACGACCACCUCUACGAUGACGACGACGAAUCUCGCGCAUCUGACGCGCGUUCAGCUUGUGCGGCCGCGAGAAGCGAUGCAAUCAGAGGCAUUCAAUCUUCGCGUACAGCCAACCGCGGAGAAGAAGGCGCAACCAAUACGGGGCCCAAGGGGGUGCUUCGAGAUCGUCAGUUGCGUGCACAGCAAGAAUCAGCUGCUCGAUCAGCUGCGAUUCACGCCACGAAUCGCAAGAUGGAGUCUAUAGCUAUCACGGCGGAAUCGUACAGCGAGCAAAUCGCGAGGCAAAAGCGAGAGCAGGCUGCUGUAUUGGAGCGAGAAAAUAUGGAUAGCGACGACGACGAAACAGCGAGUCAAGCGGCGAUUGCCGACUUGCAGGCGAAAGAACGACGUAGAGAAAUGCGCAUUGCCGAACUGAAAACGUUCCACGCCGCCAAGAACAACGCUCUGGUUUCCGGCACAAUUCACGCACCAACCAGACCCGCCUCAGCGCCCACCGAUCGGUACUUUGGCCAUCUUCGUCAAGUCGACGAACGCGGCUACGUCUCUGCUAUCGACAACGAAGAUGCUCGUGUACCUGUUGUAAUCCACAUCUACUCGAAAGCCGUCGCGCAGUGCAACGUGCUUACCAGCUCGCUCGCUAGUCUAGCCAGACAGUAUCCACACACCAAGUUCUUGCAGGUGCAAGCUGCCGCUAUCGGCUUCGGUCGAAAUGCAGACGACGAUCAAGACGAAGAGUUUGACGAGUUCAAUUCAAAGACGCUCGAGGUGUUGCCGACAGUGUUGGUGUACAAGGCGGGCAAGUUGGUGGCGAAUUUGGUCAGAGUAGACCUCGACCCCAUGUGGAACAAGGGAAGUGAACAGGAUCUCCGAGAUUUGUUGGAUGCGUAUGGUGCCUUGCCCACUGACGCUGAGCCGGCCACUGCAAUCAAGGCGACGGUCCAUGCAAACGACGACGACGACGAUGAAUGA